CCUCUUGGGGUUCCCAGGCAUCCAGACAGAGCCCACCCCUGGCUUUGGGGACCAGGAGACAGCCAUGAUGCUCAACUGGAAGCUACUGGGGAUCCUGGUCUUUUGCCUGUACACCGGAGGCAUCUCAGGCAGUGGAGACCACCCCUCUCCCCCACCCACAGAGGCUGGAGAGGAGGGCUCCCCAACAUUACCUCAGGGCCCCCCAAUUCCUGGUGAGCCCUGGCCAGGGGCACCCCCUCUCUUUGAGGACCCUCCCCCUCCAGGCCCCAGUCGUCCCUGGAGAGACCUGCCUGAAUCUGGAGUCUGGCCUCCUGAGCCUCCUAGAACCGAUCCCCCUAAACCUCCUCUGCCUGACGACCCCUGGCCAGCAGGACCCCAGCCUCCAGAAAACCCCUGGCCACCUGCCCCUGAGGUGGACCACAGGCCUCAGGAGGAGCCAGACCUUGAUCCACCCCGGGAAGAUUACAGAUAACCACAUCCCCAGAGGUGCCCUGGGCCUCCGGGCAGAGUGCACGCAAGCCCAUCUCUACCUUCUGAUUCCCCUUGAAUUCUUCCCAAUUUAGCCUAACUCCUUGAUCCCCUUCCUCAUUCCCUCAAUUGUGUUCUGAACCCUGAAUGUGUCACUCUCAAUAUUUUCCAUCCCCUCCUGAGAUCCAUACUUAGCCCCCACAGUUCCCCUCCGUUUUUCUCUGCCGCCUAAGCGUCUAAGCGUACACCCCUGCCUGACGUGCAGGCCUCUCCCCUGUACUUGCGUCCCAUCUCUUCCCCACCGGCUGGCGCUCUGUGUUUUCUGCUGCCCCCUGGUGGCGAACGGCUGGGAACCAUCAGGAGACAAUGAUAGUG